UUGUAGAGAACCGGUGCUGCAGAGACACAACGAAGAAAACAGCAUAAGGUCAAAACAGAGGAGUGGGACUGUAGAAAUUAAUAAGAUGAUUUUUAUACAAAUUAAAGUUUUCUGCUGUCACUAACACGAAAUAUCCGCAGGACUGAGACACAGCAGGUUUCUCUUCCCACACUCCCUCAGGAAUCGCUAUGGCGCGCCACAGUAAGAUACAGAAACAGGUCUUGUCGCUGUAUCGUCAGUUUCUGCGCGCAGGACGAGACAAGCCAGGGUUUGUCCCGAGGAUACAGGAGGAGUUCCGAGCGAAUGCUGCUAUUAAAAAGACAGACAUCAUGCACAUCGAGUACCUCCUGCGACGCGGUCAGCGGCAGCUAGAACAGCUCAAAGAUGUGAACACUAAACAGCUGGGAGUCUUCAGCAAAUCCAACGAGGACAGCUGAUGAUGGACUGCUGGAUCUGACAUGCAGACUGCGGACAGUAUUCCAGGAGAUGGAUGAAAUAUUAUUAAAAAUAUGGAACAUCAUGUUGAUGGGUCUUUAAAUUAUGAGAGACAUUUUCUUUUUAAGAACGUGUGUUUGUGAGCAUAAAUUAUUUUAUGUGUGGUUACUUUUAGGCUCUAGGUGUUUCAUCAUCCCUGUAUCCCACUAUCACACUUCCAUAUCCACCUUAUUUAUAUUAUUAAUAUCAUCCAAACGGAGUAUCCUGUGUAGUGGCAAAUAUCAGACAUGUUUACCUGGUGUAUCCACUGGCAGUGGAGCAUGACCAUAUGACCAUCAAGAAAUUUAAAUGAAUAAAGAAGUCUCUUUUAUUAAAA